AUGUUGAAAGAAUACAAAUUAGUUGUUGUUGGUGGCGGUGGUGUUGGUAAAUCUGCUUUAACCAUCCAACUUGUCCAAUCCCAUUUUGUCGAUGAGUACGAUCCAACCAUUGAGGAUUCUUACCGUAAGCCAUGUACCAUUGAUAACGAACAAGUCUUGCUUGAUGUUUUGGACACUGCUGGUCAAGAAGAAUAUUCUGCUAUGCGUGAACAAUAUAUGCGUACUGGUGAAGGUUUCCUUUUAGUUUAUUCCAUCAACUCUCGUAACUCAUUGGAAGAAUUGCAAUCAUUUUAUGAACAAAUUCAAAGAGUUAAGGAUUCUGAUCAUGUUCCAGUUUUAGUUGUUGGUAACAAAUGUGAUUUAGAAGUUGAAAGACAAGUUAGUUUUGAAGAGGGACAAGCUCUUGCUAAUUCCUUUAAUUGUCCAUUUUUGGAAACCUCUGCUAAACAAAGAAUUAAUGUUGAAGAAGCAUUUUUCGGAUUAGUAAGAUCUAUUAGAGAUGAAAACAAGCCAAUUGAAGAUGAUACACUCGAUGAAAAGACUCCAGUUGCCAAUGGUAACGGAACCAUUAUUGGCUCUGGAGCUGUCGCUAAUGGGUCAGAACAUCAAGCCGUUUCAAGACCAAUAGAAUCUCAAGUGAUACCUGAAUCGGAUGCACAAGUUACCUCCGAUUCCAAGAUCGCACAGGCUCCUCCAAAGGUCGCCACUCCUGUCGCUGCCACUUCUCCUGCUGCUAACUCCAACUCUGCUGCCAAGAGACCAAACAAGCCAUCUUCUACUGCCGGUGCUGGUGCUGAAAGUAAGGAAAAGGCUGGUUGUUGUGUUAUUGUCUAA